GGCCGGCAUGACCCUGCAAUGCACCAAGUCAGCAGGACACUGGAAGAUGGUGGUGUGGGAUGAGGAAGGCUUCCAGGGCCGGCGGCACGACUUCACGGCCGAGUGCCCCAGUGUGCUGGACCUUGGCUUCGAGACCGUGCGGUCCUUGAAAGUCCUGAGUGGAGCGUGGCUGGGCUUCGAGCACGCCGGCUUCCAAGGCCAGCAGUUCGUGCUGGAGCGCGGUGAGUACCCGUGCUGCGGCGCCUGGAGCGGGAACACGGCCUACCCCGUGGACAGGCUCACCUCCUUCCGGCCGGUGGCCUGCGCGAACCACCGCGACUCGAGGCUGACCAUCUUCGAGCAGGAGAACUUCCUGGGCAGGAAAGGAGAGCUGAGUGAUGACUACCCCUCACUGCAGGCCAUGGGCUGGGACGGCAACCAAGUGGGCUCCUUCCACGUCCACUCGGGGGCGUAA